AUGCUCGUUGAAGAUCAUUCAUUUUUUGCACCGAUAAAUUUAACCCUAAAGAAAUUGUACGACGAAGGAGAAAUGUUGCACGUAGCAAAGAAAAAUUACAGUAUGACUAUUCAACAUGGCUGUAUUCGUAAAAUAUUUCUACCACUUACUGAUCCAUUCUGCAAAUCAUUUAUACCAGUUCUUACCAAUGUUAUUCAAUGUUCUUGUUUUCAGAGCCCACUUCUAAAACAGGCAUGUGAUGCUGAAUUCGAAAAAGCAGUACGCAAUGAAGGACCAAAAUUAGCCGUACCAAUGUGUUUCAAAACAUCGGAAAAUUUGAAAAGUCUUUUGGAUGACAAAUAUAAUUUUGGUGUCUUAGGCCCAACAAAAUAUAUAAAAGCGAGAACAAAAAAUUAUCCAUUAUGCUAUGAUAUGAUAGCAAUCGAUCCAUACAAGAAUGGUAUCGAACAUCGUAGUGGACCAUUUGAUGAGCUUAUCAGUUAUUUAUACAAUAUGAGCGGAAAUGUUGAAAAGAUACGCCGAGUAAUGACUUUUACAGUAAAUGUACCUGAUAGCAAUCGUAUGAGAGUUCAUUAUUUAUUUACAUGCUUUCAACGCGAGAACUAUGAGCCAUGCAAUGGGCCUUUGAAUAUUCGUAAUCGAUUGUUACCAGAAGUUAUUCGAACAGAAAGUGCAAAUCGUAAUUUAUUAGUGCGAUCAUUAUGUCAUGCUGAUGGUCACAGUAAUCGUAUUAGGUGUAAAUCACGCAAAGGAUGUUUCGAUUUUCUUACAGUUCAUGGAUUUCGAACGCGAGGAUGUAUCGAUAAAAUUCCGAAGAUAGUAUUGAUGAAACCGAAAUUGCGAUUGUUGUACACUUGCUAUAAUCAUGCUCAGAUUACGAGAACUAAACUAACACGUUGUAAUGCUGUACGCGAGAAUGAUUCUAAUUCAUCGCUUCCAUUGAUGGACGGAAUCAUUUGUUGUUGUACUUCAACCUGCAGAAUGUUCAAUGACAAUUCGCAACUUAUGAAAAUGGAUCGUGGCUAUUAUCCGUUUGAAAUGUAA